UCAGAUUUUACAUUCUCCGGAACCGUGGUUGCACUGUCAAUUUUUUUGUUAUAAGUCAUCAAAUUAACUACUAUAAUGCGUGAGUGUAUUUCAAUUCAUGUUGGCCAAGCUGGAGUACGAAUUGGCAAUGCAUGCUGGGAGCUUUACUGUUUGGAACACGGUAUACAGCCGGACGGCCAAAUGCCAUCUGCCAAUACUCUAGGAGGUGGUGAUGACACCUUCAAGACAUUCUUCAGUGAAACUGGAACAGGAAAGUAUGUACCAAGGGCAGUUUUUGUGGAUCUGGAGCCCACAGUAGUAGAUGAAGUUCGCACUGGCAAGUACAGACAGCUAUUCCACCCUGAGCAGCUGAUUACCGGAAAGGAAGACGCUGCUGACAACUAUGGCCGAGGUCACUACACCAUCGGCGCGAGCAUCAUGAACCGCGUUCUGGACAGCAUCCGAAAGGUGGCUGACCAGUGCACUGACCUUCAGGGUUUCCUGAUCUUCCAUUCCUUUGGUGGUGGCACUGGCUCAGGUUUCACAUCUCUGCUUAUGGAAAAGCUCUCGGUUAACUACGGAAAGAAGAGGAAGCUGGAAUUUGCGAUCUACCCCUCCCCUAAGGUUUCAGCAGCUGUUGUCGAGCCCUACAACUCCAUCUUCACCACCCACGACACACUUGAACAUUCUGACUGUGCUUUCUUGGUUGACAAUGAAGCCAUGUUUGACAUCUGCCAACGUAACCUGGACAUUGAACGCCCCACCUUUACCAACCUGAACAGACUGAUUGCCCAGGUUGUAUCCUCGAUUACCGCUUCUCUUCGGUUUGAUGGCGCUCUGAACGUUGACCUGGCCGAAGUCGAGACUAACUUGGUGCCCUUGCCGCGCAUCCAUUUCCCUCUGGUUAACUAUGCCCCUGCCAUCUCUCUUGAGAAGGCAUACCAUGAGCAUCUGUCUGUAGCUGGAAUUACAAAUGCUUGUUUUGAGCCUGCCAACCAGAUGGCGAAAUGUGACCCACGACAUGGAAAGUACCUGGCCUGCUGCAUACUGUACAGAGGUGACGUUGUGCCCAAGGACGUCAACGCUGCCAUAGCGACCAUCAAGACCAAGCGCAGGAUCCAGUUCAUGGACUGGUGUCCAACUGGUUUCAAAAUUGGCAUCAACUACCAACCACCAACUGUGGUUCCUGGAGGGGACUUGGCAAAGGUACAGCGUGCCGUGUGCAUGUUGUCCAACACGACCGCCAUUGCUGAAGCCUGGGCUCGUCUGAACCACAAGUUCGACCUCAUGUACGCUAAGCGUGCCUUUGUUCACUGGUACUUGGGUGAGGGUAUGGAAGUAUUCGACUUUCCGGAAGCUCGCGAGGAUCUCGCAGCCCUGGAGAAGGAUUACGAGGAGGUCGUCGUGGAUUCUGUUGAAUGGGAAGGAGACAGUGCAGAGGAGUACUAAUUGUCUACUUCAGUUUCAAUUUGGGUUGUCAGUAUUGUAAGAAUUUUGUGUUUGUCAAAUAAUGUUGCUGAUGUAUUAAAAUGAGUUCAUU